UUUCGUCCAAAGAUGGCAGCCUCCGUGUUGAAGCGAUGUGUGACUGCAGCUGUCAAAGUUAAAUGUUUAACUCCUUCUCUUUCAGCCAGAAGAUGGUUGCUCUCAGCAGCUUACACAGACACCAAAGUGUGGGAGGCGAGAGAGAAAGAUCCUCAAAACCUGGCUGCACUGGCCACCAAUAUGGACACAACAUACGAAAGGAAUCUCCCUGUUAGCUCUCUGACUGUGUCGCGGUUUGUUGACAACAUUUCAUCUAGAGAGGAGGUUGAUCAAGCAGAGUACUACCUUUACAAGUUUCGUCACAGUCCAAACUGUUGGUACCUGAAAGACUGGACCAUUCACAGUUGGAUCAGGCAGUGUCUAAAAUACGGGGCCAGAGAGAAGGCCCUGCACACACUCAAAAACAAGGUCCAGUAUGGAAUAUUCCCAGACGACUUCACCUUCAACCUACUGAUCAAUUCUUACAUUAAGGAUGGAGACUUAAAAAGGGCUUGCUCUGUGGUUGAGGAGGUGAUGCUUCAGGAGGCCUUCAACCUUCCCUCCACACAGAUCCUGUCUCUCUACGCCCUGAGCAGUUACCUAGCAACCAGACCACAACUCUCUGUGUCAGAGGAGCGGGCGUUGGGAGCAUCACUGCUCAUCUGUGGACUGACGCAAGACAGCACUAUUGGCCUCAGCGCUCAGCUGCUUGGCAAUGUUCUGCUAGGCAAGGUGGAGAUGUCAAAGGGCAUACAUGCCGUGUUUAAAGGGAUGCCUCUCUUCUGGGGUCAUGGAUAUCUGGGCCGAGCGCUGGAUGUCAUGGAGAAAGUGGCUGCUGCUUCUGGUGACGUCAAGCUGGCCAAAGACACACUGGACUACGUGGACAGCGUGCUGCAGGAGCUGUCUGCCACCUCAGACAGCGACUCCUCUGGAGAAGAAUCAGCAGGUGAGGAGAACAAGAAAGAAGAAACUGUAGAUGAAGAUGAUGAGGCCGAGCGGGCGAAGCUACCUCAGUAUGCCAACAGAUUCAAGGACCUAAGCAGCCAGCUGGAGUCGGAGGGUAAAGUGGACUCAGCCUCCUUCCAGGCUUUAGUGACCGCACUGGCCCAGCAGAACCUGGCUGCUGCAGAGAAAUCAGACGUGGAGCAGUAUGAGAGCCGGGUGCAGGCCUGGGAGACCGAGAGAAGGCAGCUGAUCCAGAGAGAGAAGGAGAUGAGGGAGAAGGCAGAGCUGGAGAAACAGGAGCGGUUAGCCGCCAGGGCUGCAGCCCAGCAGGCGUAGACAAUGAAGACGGAGCUGAAUCACUGAACUGUCCACUGAGUAUGCACAUUAAUGUAAUAUGAGUUUGAUGUCUCUAAAUUUGUGAAACAUUGUCAAUAUUACAUCUGCUUGUGUCAUCAGUUGUAUAUAACCGUUAUUGUGUGCUUAUGUGAUGAGUAUUGCUCUGUUUUUAUAGUGUUAAAUAGGGCAAAUAUUGUCAAAAUAAAAUUAAUUUUCAUUCGUGUCAGAAA